AUGCAACUCAAAUCCCUCCUCCCCCUCGCGGCUAGCAACCUUCUCUCUAGCGCCACAGCCGCCAAAGUAUCAACCCAAGCCGACGCCGACUCCCUCGCGGGUGCUGUCACAGAAGGCAUCGAAAUUUCAUCCACCUACACCGGCGACCUAAUCCUUCCGGCCGUCACCACCGUCGUGGGGAACAUCACUUACAGCGGCCCUGACCUGAUCAAUUUCUCUGCUCCAGUGUUGUCUGUUGUAGUAGGCACGUUUAAUUUUACGGGGGCAUUUAAAUCGCUGUCGAUACCGGUAGUCACCCAAAUCACCGAGGCACUCAUUGUCGAGACGAGUGAGAGUUCAUUUAACUGUUCACCUUUCCAGACGCUGCAGAACGAUGGGGUUGUUAAGGGGGAUUUCACGUGUACAGUUUGA